UAUAUUUUUUAUAUUUAAAUAAGAUGACAAUUUGUAUUGAUCAAUGGUUAGAAAUAGCAAAAGACUGCAAGUAUCUUCCUGAAACUGAUCUUAAGCGACUUUGUGAUUAUGUAAGUGAGCUGUUAAUAGAAGAGUCAAAUGUUCAGCCUGUAUCAACUCCAGUUACAGUUUGUGGCGAUAUCCAUGGCCAGUUUUAUGACCUAGAGGAGUUGUUUCGAACAAGUGGAAAAGUACCAGAUACUAAUUACAUAUUUAUGGGAGACUUCGUUGAUAGAGGAUAUUAUAGCCUUGAAACAUGGACUCGUCUUUUGACUCUAAAAGCGAAGUAUCCAAAGCAUAUUACUUUGCUUCGUGGAAAUCAUGAAAGUCGACAAAUCACACAAGUUUAUGGGUUUUAUGAUGAAUGUAUGUCUAAAUAUGGAAAUGCAAAUGCGUGGAGAAAUUGCUGUCGUGUGUUUGACCUACUGACCAUAGCAGCUUUAAUAAACGAUGAAGUUUUGUGCGUACAUGGCGGUUUGUCUCCUGAAAUACGUACACUAGAUCAGAUACGAACUAUUGAUAGAAAUAUGGAAAUUCCUCACAAAGGAGCUUUUUGUGAUCUUGUUUGGUCUGACCCCGAAGAUGUUCAAUCAUGGUCAAUUAGUCCACGCGGUGCAGGUUGGCUUUUUGGUAGCAAAGUGACACACGAGUUUAUGGCGCUUAAUAACCUGGAGCUAAUAUGCCGUGCUCAUCAGUUAGUUCAAGAAGGUUACAAGUAUAUGUUUGGAGAAAAACUUGUCACUGUUUGGUCGGCACCAAAUUACUGUUAUCGAUGUGGUAAUAUUGCUGCAACUUUAGCUUUUACAGAUGCUAGGACUAGAGAAGCCAAGUUGUUCCGAGCUGUACCUGAUGAAGAACGUGUGGUUCCACCUCGUCAAACAAUUCCAUAUUUUUUAUAACUUUUUAUCUAUGCUAUCUAAUUUUAUACUUAGGGUUAAUGUUAUCGAAAUCAAAUUUUGCCACUGCUUUUUGUUCCUAACCUUAUGUCUCAAUAUUGUGUGCGCAAGCAAACUUUGUAUUUUAUGCAAGAAUUUACUUGUAUCAGUCAGAUUCUACUAAUAAAAACUAUUGAAUUGACUUACGAUUUUAUUUUGUUAAUAAAUAAAAAAUUAUAAGUUGAAAAUUGAGCAUUAUUUUUACUAGAUUUAUUUUAUCGUACGAAUCGACUUGUAUUAUAAAGUUUUGUGGAGGAUAUGUAAAAUAUUUA